AUGUCCAUUCAAAGGGAGAACGAUGCCGUGGAGUGUGUGCAGCCGCUGCUCUACGACAGUCACGCGCACGCGCAGCCGGCCAACGCAGCGUCCAUCGACCUGGUGGAGUUUGAGAUCGAGAGGCCUGUGGACGUCACACUGACGUUCAAGGACGUCGCGUACUAUGUCAACGAUGGCAAGAGUGCUGUGAAGAACAUCCUCCGUGGCGUGUCGGGCUACGUGCGAAGCGGGCAGCUGCUCGCCGUCUUGGGGCCGUCUGGCGCCGGCAAGUCGACGCUGCUUGACAUUAUAGCGCAGCGCCCGAAGAGCGGCACCGUCAGCGGUUCCAUCAUGUUGAACGGCAGGGAGAUCCAGCAGAGCGUGUUUCGCCGCAUCAGUGGGUACGUGCAGCAGGAGGACCUGCUACAGAGCUAUCUGACAGUGCGGGAGAGCAUUUUCUAUGCGGCGGAGUUGCGCACGCCGCCCACCCUCACGAGGGAGGUACUCAUGUCCCGCACACAGCACAUUAUGCGCAUGCUCGGCAUUGAGGGCGUGCAGGACAUGAAGAUCGGGUCGGAGGUGAUGCGCGGGAUUAGUGGCGGUGAGAAGAAGCGGUGUGCUAUUGCCAUGGAGCUGGUGGCGACGCCCUCGCUGCUGUUCCUCGACGAGCUGACCACCGGCCUCGACACCUUCACCGCGCUGCACCUGUUGACGAUACUAAAAGACCUUGCGGAGGCAGGCGUGGCGGUUGUCUUCUCCAUUCACCAGCCGCGCAGCAGCAUCUUCCACCUCUUCGAUCAGGUGCUUCUGCUGAAUGGCGGUGGCGAACAGGCGUACUUCGGCCCCGCCGGUGAGGCAAUGCCGUUCCUCGCUCGCAUCGGCAUUGAGCCGUACUUGCCGGAGAACCCCGCCGACUUCCUGCUAGACACUGUCGCGGUGCUGUCGACCGAGGCUGUGCGCGGCGACGAUUGGAUGCAGCGACACAAAAUAACACCCGUGCAGAAUGGUGCCACCGUCGCGGAAUCAUUCCGCAGGUUGCUUAGCCACACGGUUAAACAUGAGAUCGAUACGUUGAACGACGCUUACGGUAAGUCCGCCGCAGGAAUUCCGCUAUCAGUGAGCUCGCCCUACUACCGCAGCGUGUUAACGCAGAUACGCGUGGUGUCGACACGGGCGGUGCUAAACAAACUGCGCGACCCUAUUGCCACACUUGCCGCGGUCGUUGCGGCUAUUUUCUUUGCUGUACUGAUUGGAUCCGUCUACUUUCGCGUUGGCCUCGCGGCGCCGUCGAUACGUAAUCGAAUGGGCGUCUUGUUCUUUGUUGUGAUGAACACCGCCUUCUCGAGCCUAGGCUCACUCGGCGUGCUCAUGGUGGACCGUGCGAUAUUUGUGCGGGAGCAUAGCAACGGGAUGUACCGCGCCAUUGCGUACUACAUUGGUAAGAUCGUACAGGACGUGCCCAUCAGCGUGCUGACAAACCUCAUCUUUAACUCGAUUGUGUACUUCAUGGUGGGUCUGCAGCCGCGCGCUGACAAGUUUUUCCUCUUUUACCUUGCCUGCACCCUCACCAUGCUGAACAGUUACGCACUCUGUCUAUUUAUCUCGAGCUUAUCGAAGAACAUGCAGGUCGCCAAUAUUGNGCCUGCACCCUCACCAUGCUGA